AUGAAAAAACACGGCCUGUUGUUGACAUUGACAAUAUGUGUAUUAGGACUCUAUGGGUCCUUCCUCAGUUGGUCUGUUUUGCAGGAAAGAAUCAACACAAAGCCUUAUGGAGAAAACGAAAACGAAAUUGAGUUCUUCAAGGCUCCUCUUAUCAUCAAUAUAGUGCAAGCGUUCUUUGCCUCAAUAGUAGGUUUUGGCUAUUCGCUUGUGACAACGAAAGUGAAUCCGUUCAAGAUAUUCACAGCAAACGAGAAAUCAGUUGCAAGAAAGUACAUGUUGUCGCUAUUGUUAAUUUCCAUCACCUCCAGCUUGUCUUCUCCCUUGGGAUACCAGUCCCUUAAACAUGUAGAUUAUUUGGCCUACUUGUUAGCCAAGUCGUGCAAGUUAAUUCCUGUGAUGAUCAUCCAUCUUGUUUUCUAUAGAACGAGAUUCCCUGUGUCGAAAUACAUCGUAGCAUCGUCGGUCACUUUCGGAGUGACUCUCUUCACUUUGGCACAUUCAUCUAAGUCUUCCAAAUCAAGCAUAAACGACGGCAAAACUCUCCUUGGAAUGGCUCAGCUAAUUGGCUCCAUGCUUUUAGACGGUCUUACAAAUUCUACCCAGGACCAGAUGUUCAAGUUGCUGUCACCUAGUGGCAGCCAAAAUAUGGUAAAAAUAACAGGCGCAAAGUUGAUGUGUAUUCUCAACUUGUUUGUGUGCGCUUUGACGUUGGCAUACACCGUCAUAUUUGCAUAUGAAAGUGAAGUCGUCUAUACGCUUAACUUUUUCCACAAGCACCCAGAGGUGUUGUACAAUAUCUUGGAGUUUUCUGUCUUUGGAGCCGUGGGCCAGGUGUUUAUCUUCAUCAUCUUAGAGAAGUUUGACUCGUUAAUUCUCGUCACAGCAACUGUUACAAGAAAGAUGAUCAGUAUGAUCCUCAGUGUCGUAUUGUUUGGUCACUUCUUGUCCAGCAUCCAGUGGUGUGGAGUUGGUCUCGUUUUUGGAGGCAUAGGCUACGAAGCAUUGGUCAAAUUGAACUCAAAUAAAAAGGUCUCAAAGGAGAAAAAGAGCCAAUGA